AUGCCGAUGGAUGCCUUGCCGGCAGAAGUUCUUUUGGCAAUAGCGAGGCUGUUAGGCAGUGUCUAUCUUAGAAGCAAGAUGGAGAUACUUGUCUUGUUCACUACGUGGUUCGUGCCAGUUCCAAUUGCAACGCGCACGACAUUAACGAGGGGGCUCAACAGGUAUCGCAUGGCACGAAUUGUCGCAUUUGAAGAUCUUGUGCUUUUUCCACGAUGUCUCUUGCACUUUCGGGGAGCACCCAAAAUUUCCCAUGACCUCGUUCGGUCUUGCCUAAGAUCUCUAACCAUCAAUGGAGUAGCUUAUACAGGCAACAAUGAUGGAUUGGAAAUGUCGCCGCAAAACACUGCGUAUUGCCAGAACUUGGACUCUCUUGCUGCGUUUAUGCCAGGCAUGGUCAAUUUACGUACGUUUCGAUUAGGAUUACGCAUGGAAACAAGCUUGCAACUACCAGAAGAACAGAUUUGGCAGGGAGCAAUGAUCAAACUCAUAGGCUCCCUCCCAACAUCGGUCACUCGACUCAUCGUUCAUGUUGCCGGAUAUACUCGCAAUUUUCAACACAGUAGUACGCAUAGUGGUCUCCCAACCCACUUCAUGUGCCACCUCGUCUGUGCCAACGGGUUCUUGCCUCGUUUAAUUUACUUGCGUUUCCGAAUGCCUAUCACCUGGGAUUUCCCAGGAAGUCGGGUGGGACAAACCUUGCUGCUCAAAUUGAGCCUCCAUGGUCCGAGAGGAAAUAUGAUGGACCACGCACAAGAACGUGUUGACAAAGGGAAAGCAAAAGCGUACCUUAAUUUGUAUUUCUUAGAUGGGGACUUUGGCGUGUUCGGAGACGAGAGCUUCAGCAACCGAAAACGUCAAUUUCCAUCUUGCCUGUUAAAAUUUCUUGGGACAAGAAAGAUCGGCAUACCGGGGGGUCGAGCGACCAUCACAACGACUCUGACACAGACUCGUCUACCGACUCGGAUUCAGAAGACGAUAACGACGAGUCUGACUCAGACUCAACUACCGGUGGAGGCCUGA